UUUGUCUGUAUAAGUUUUUUGUAAGGCUAUAAACGUUCUGAUUCCAUUUCUCGUGUGUGAUGAUAAUAAUGGUCCCAUCUGGUAAGGAGCCCAAUCUAAAUUUAAACUAUAUUUUUGCAUGAACUGUGUGGCAGGUGUUCGUGUUUGCUGCAAGGAACAUGCCCCUUGAAUCAGUGCAAAAUUGUCUUGUCAACACAGAUAAUAUACAUAAAAACCACCGUGUUUGUACACAAAUCACCAUCUUGUUUUCUCUGAAUUUCACGAAUGAGAUUCAAGAGUAACUCAAAUCAAGAGUCUAAUUAUACAAACCAACAAAAAAGCUGUACGGACUUGCUUAUGGUUUCAGUAAUAAACAGGGCAGAUUCCCCGGGUGACCGGCGAGUUGGCCAGUUUAAAGUUUUAGAAUCAACCUCUACUGUAAAAUCAGAACCUGGGACCACAGAUGAUAAAAUCAUUGAAUGUGACAAUGAAGACACCAGACAGAUGGAGACAGCAUUAUCUCAAGAGGCUGCUCCGGUGCAGCACAUGGAAGGGGAGACAACUCAGAGCACUUGCAUCCAAACAGCUGAGGUUGGUACUGAGACUUCAGCCACCAUGUGUCAUGAGACCAUGGAGCUGACUAGUGAAGAGACCCAUGAUAUUGAGGAGUUGUUGACUGAGAGAGAAGAUGAAGAUGAGGUCACAAUUUUACCAACUGACCCCCAAAAUAGCUACCGUGUCCUCAUGGAGGUUGGGGUGCAGGCUAAUGACUAUGACAUAGAACGAAGGUCAGGUAAACUGCCAGCUAGACAGAGGAUCAUCCCAGCUAAGUUCAGAGACUUCAAGAAUCCUGUCAACAUUGAUGAGGACACAGAUGACUCUGACUUUGAUCCAGAAACAGAGCUGGUUCCAGUCAAGAAAAAGUCAACAGGCAAAAGGGGGAGGCCCAGGAAGACUGCAAGUGAUCUUCCACCAGCGCCUGAUGUCAAAGAGGACAGUAUUGAGGCUCUAGGGAGAAUCAUCCGAACUUCUACAGGUUUCAAGUGUCCUCGAUGUGGCAAGACCUUCACUCAGAAAGGAAAUCUGAAAGUGCACAUGUGGACCCACACAACAGCCAGGCCAUUUGCAUGUGAUUAUGAAGGGUGUGGCAAGAGUUACCGUAGCAAUGAGAGUCUCCGGCGGCACAAACUAGUUCAUAUGGGCAUCAAGCCGUUCGAAUGCGCAGAUUGCAGUAAGAAGUUCUCCAGCAGUGUGACCCUGAAGGAACACAUGACAAUACACAGCAACACCAAGCCCUACAUGUGUGAGGUGUGCAACAGAUCCUUCCGACAAGUCAGCUGCUUCCGACGCCACCUCAUCACCCACACCAACAACACACCGUUUGCCUGCCAGAUAUGUUCCCGCCGCUUCUCACAGAUGGUGUACCUCAGGUCGCACAUGAAGAUGCACACAGGUGAACGGCCAUUCCAGUGUGACAAGUGUUCCAAAGCGUUUGCUCAUCAGUCAGAUCUGGCCAGACACAAGAUCAUACAUACAGGAGUGAAGCCCUAUGAAUGUGAAGUGUGCUCUGCCAAAUUCAGUGAUCCGUCAAGUAGGCGUAGACAUUUCCGUGAACACAUGAGCACAAAGCCCUUUGAGUGUUCUCUCUGUGGAGAGAAAUUCAAGAGACAGAAUCAGAUAAGAGUGCACAUGUCUAGAUGGCAUGGUGGCCAGUUGAAACAGGGCGAGCAGGUCACCAUGGCAGGUGGUCAGCCCAUGCUUGACCCGUCCGACACCACCGUUGUCAACAUCAUGAUGCCAGGGACUCAAAAGAAAUCUUCAGGAGAGAUUGAUGUGGAAGCUCUGGCCAAUCAGAGGAAGAUUGUCAGUCUCAUUCAGAAUCUCAACACAGGAUUCGUUGUGCAGGAAGUUGAAAUUGCUUCUCCAUCCAAUCAGGGUGGAGGAGACAAGGACCAGUUAGAAACUGAGACAGAAAUUGGCCCUCAGAAUGAACAGAACCAAAUAGAGAUCCCUCUCAGUGACUUGCCAUUGAUUCAGUCAGAAAAUGGGAAUGUUGAGAAGACUGUUAUUGCCAUUGCUGAAGUACAGGAGGAUGGGAAGGGAGACAACGGAGCGCUUCCAGUGGAGGCUGCUUACCAAAUUAUACAGGAGUUGGCCGAGGGUAAUGAUGAACAGCAGAUAUACGAGAUUCAAUAUCAAACAGCAGAUAAUCAGCUGGAAACUAGUAUUGUCCAGUUAGACAACAGACCAUCUAAUGUUGCUGCUGCAGGGAUGAGCGAGCAAGACAUGGCUGCAGCGACUCUCUCGGCUGACACCACAGAUGGUGUGGAUUAUGUAAAGGACCCUGACUUUGCCAGCCAGGAAUACUUCAACUGGUUGUCCAACUUCACAGAGCUGUGUAAAGUGCUCAAGAUUCCUCUCAGUCAAGUUCUGUUUCAGAAAAUCAGCCAGGUGCAUAAAUCAAUCACAGAUUUCAUGGCAAUGCCAUCAGGUGUGCUUAAUGAUAAAGAAAAUUUUCGAGUUUUAAUGAGUAUAUCUAAAGACUUAAAUAACAUAAUUUCCAAUCAUCUUGCCUAUGUGAUGGACAAUAUUGACUCAACUUAGGUGAUGCUAGAAUUGUUGAAUCAAAGAUCCCUCUUCAAGUGUCUCUUCCAGGUGUAUUACUGGCUGGCUCAGUGAAUACUGGAUUGAGUGUUUGAGACUUCUAGUUUUCCCAAACAUCACUGGCUAUUUAUUUGUAUUAACUUGAAACUGUUAUUU